GGUAAGAGAGAAGAGAGAGUCAUGCUAAUGAAAAUUAAAUGGUAAUGGUCCUGUUGGAGAACAACAUUGUCUUUCUCUUCUGUUUCUCCUCUCAUUGAUGUUGCUUCUUCCCCUUUUCUUACCCUUCAGAAAAAAAAAAACCAACACACUUCAAAUCCAUUCUUAGAACUCACAAUUUCUCACUGAAAAACAAAAAUCACUCAUCACCCUUCUGUUCCAAAACUGCAGAUCUCACACCUCUUAUUAUUAUCUCUAUGCAAAAUGAACAUGUCAGAUAUGAUAUCUUGUUUCAACGAGAACGCAGUGAAUGUGUCACACUCCUCAUGUUCUAGCUACUCAAACAACGCUUGCAUAUCUCCAAGUGUUACACCUUCAACUCAAAAUUCAGUGUCUUCUGUCUACAAAACCACCCUCUCAAACCAAAAGCAGCUUCUGAUCACAGUCACGUGGUGCAAGAGCCACUCCAACCAAGGACUCAACGUAACCUUCGGCGAAGAGAACAACAACCCUUUGGCACCAUCUUUCAGACUCAACACCAAUUCACGCUUUUUCAGGAAAAAGAAAGGAAGCAAAAUGUUGGAAUCCGAAGACUCAAAAGUUGAAGUCUUCUGGGACCUCUCGAAGGCCAAGUAUGACACUGGCCCUGAACCUGUUGAAGGGUUUUACGUGGCGAUUCUCGUUGAUGCAGAAAUAGGCCUCAUUCUCGGUGAAGAUGUGGCCAAGAAGUUCAAAACAAGAACCCUUUUGGGCAAUGUUUCGCUGUUAUCACGGCGUGAGCAUUGCUCGGGUAACGCCGUUUACGCAACCAAGGCUCAGUUUUGUGACACUGGAACUUGGCAUGACAUUUUGAUCAGAUGCAGUGGCGAGAAUGAAGGACUCAAAGCUCCUGUUUUGUCUGUUUGCAUUGACAAGAAGACGGUGAUUCGUGUGAAGAGGCUGCAGUGGAAUUUCAGGGGCAACCAAACGAUUUUCGUCGAUGGGUUGCUUGUGGAUUUGCUUUGGGAUGUUCAUAACUGGUUUUUCAACCCUGCUUCUGGGAAUGCUGUGUUCAUGUUCAGGACCAGGAGUGGCUUGGAUAGCAGAUUGUGGUUAGAGGAGAAGAUUGCACAGAAAGAUAAAGAUAGAGUUGAAUUCUCCUUGUUGAUCUAUGCCUAUAAGAACACAUGAGGGAACUCAUUCUUCAUAUCAGAUCACAGGAAUCCUUCACGGUAGACAACUGUGCUGGAGUAUUUAAUGCAGUUGUAUAUUAAGGACUCGAAGUCGAGACUACUUUUUCAGAUAAGGGAACUUGUUCAUGUUGAUUUUUUUAACACCUUUUAUUUUUUCCUUGUGUAUUUUUGUUUUGUUUUGUUUUAACUCUUUGUUUUUAGUUUCCCCUUUCUUCUUGAAAGGAUACAUACUAAUUAUUUUUUAUGAUAGGAAACAGAAAGAAAAUAAAUUGAGUGAUAUUAUCAGAAUAGUUAGUUGAGCUUGUAACCUUUAUUUCUCUGUAUUCUUCCUUGGGACCUGAAUGGUACUGAUACUUUGUUUGACUGUUUGAGUAGUGUCUAGUACUGGAUUCUACCAAAGAUAGAGAAGAAAAAAAACAAUAAAAAUGGGUUAGAAGGUUUCUUUA